AUGACUAUCCCUUACUCUUCAACCACAACAACUCCAAAAACGGCGUCAGCCACUUCAGUCGCAUCUUCCUCCACUUCGAUGACUUCUUCCUCUGUGGUUUGUGGCAGUGCCCCUCUGAACACUCUUCGUGUUGGGGGCAGUAGCUCUCUGGCGACUGGAGGCUUAUGGCCAUGGAUGGCCAGUCUGCAGCGAGGAGGCAAACACGUAUGUGGAGGUACACUGAUCACUGAACAGUUUGUCCUGAGCUCUGCUGACUGUUUCUCCAGCUCCACCAAUGCUUCAGAAUGGACCGUGUUCCUCGGUCGUCUCAAUCAAAAUGGUCCCAACCCUAAUGAGGUCUCUCUGAGGGUGAACAACAUCACGCUGAGUAACCUGACAGGCAACAAUGUGGUUGUUUUGGAGCUGGCCAGCAAACCCACACUCUCAGACUUCAUACAGCCCAUCUGUGUGGACCUGGGUACAGAGACCUUCUCCACAGGAACACAGUGCUGGAUUGUGGGCUGGGGCUCAGGACAAGGAGGAGUUCAACAAACCCUUCAGGAGGUCCAGACUACCGUGGUGGAUUGUGGGAGCUCAGCCUCCCCUGAGAAUAUCUGCACUGGUUUUGUGACUUUACAGCAGGGUGAUGAUGGGGGCCCUCUGAUGUGUAAGCAGGGCCUGGCAUGGUUCCAGCCUGCAGUUUUGACUGUAGUUAACAGUACCUCAAGCAGCAGUAGUCGCAGGAACAAUACCAGUGGCUUCAUGGUCUUCAACCGACUCAUGCGUUAUAACAGCUUUCUGCGCAAAGCUGUCGACAGCCUCCCUUCACCAGCCUUUGACAACUCAUCCUCUGUCCCCAACAGCACUGUGUCCCCAACAACCACAACCGUUUCCAUCUGCCCGUUCAACUCUGCUAAAACUUCAGAAGACCCACUAGACCAGACUUUUCCGUCCCCUCCUCUCGACUCCUCAAACACCGGAGGCCGGGCCAAGGCGCCGUACGUGCAGGCAGACAUGAUCACCCGCUGCUCAUCGCUGAAUAACUGA